AUCCAGACCUACUUUAUUUCUUCUCAAGAAAGCAUUUGCAGAGACAGAGUUGCUUUAUUCUGACCAUGAAGAGUUUACUGCAAAUACAUGACACUGAAAGCUGUGCUGAUUACUCGUAGCUGUUUCUGUUCUGAAUGAGCCUGAUUUUAUAGUGUGGAUUACAUUUAAAGAGUCCACUGAGACACUGUAUUUCUCCAAGGUGAAAUGACAGUGGGAAGGGCAGUGGUAGCUGAAGAUCAGAUCAAGCAGAGGAGGAAAUUAAGGAACCUCAGAAACAUUCUCUUCCUGGUUUUGGUCUAAAAGGCAUAAUUCUUGGAAAGCUUACAUAACCAAAAAGCAUGUGGGCCUAUUUUCUCCUUUUUAUCAUCAUUAAGAACAUAUGUGCAAGACUCUGUGCAUGUGUGCCUAUGUGGUGGAAGGAGUUCUGUGUGCGAUGCUCAGUGCCAGCAUUAAGAGUGCCUUUUACUCCCUGCCUAGGGUACUUUAAUUACGUCUUUGGUAACCAGGUAGCAGGAUCCCUAUGAGAAAUCUACCUCCAAAUACAUCAAUCAGUGAUCCAGAUCAUUAAAAAACAGAACAAAACAAAACAAAACAAACAAACAAAAAGAAAACCACCAACAGUCUCUGGUUAGGUCCUCAGGAUUUCCACAUAAAUGUAAGGAUGUGCUUGACUGCUUUACUGAAUUAGAGUCCAUACCAUUUUUCUAGCAAUGUACAAAGCAAGGAGUGACUCAAGGUGAAUGAAACAAAUUAUUUUAGGAUUAUAAUAUAGUGUAAUUAAGUUAGGAAGCAAUUGGGGUGGGCAUUGGGAGCCAGGAACUGACUGCCACAGCAGAGACAUCCUACAACCACACAAAGUCUCGUCCUUGGCUGGUAUAAUUAAACAUCACUCCAUCAUAUCUUCCUCAUAAAUUUCCGGAGAAACAAAGUCUCUUGUUCUUUCAGUAUGGCUGAAAGAGCAACCAGGCUGCUGUGUUACAUAGUGGAGGAGGUAUUUAUGCAAUUUUAGCCUUAUUUUAUGGCUGGACUUGAGGCUAUUUUCCCCCAUUUUUCUUAAAUGACCACAGUCAUCUUCCCCCUCGGAGCUAACCUUGGUCAGUGCUACGUUUACACAAUCCCAACACAGAGAUUUGUUUUUCCUCCUUUUUUACACCACCUCACCUCUCCAAAGAUUUCAAUUUUUGACAUGGAAAAAAUCACUCCUGAAAAUGUAUUUGAUGCCCUCCCUGGACAUACUUGGCUUAUCAAUGCGUGCAAAAAUUGCUCUGAAAUUUCAUGUACUUUACUUUGAAGAAGUGGAAAUGUGUUAUCUUCAGUGCCUUUAAAAACUACAUUACAAGAGGGAAGUAGGGAAAAGAAAACAUUAGAAUAUGAAAAAUGUCAGGGCUCUUUCUAGCUACAAAAACUGUCACAACCAGCAAGUGAAACACCAAGACAACACAGAGCAUAAACAUUUUAUGCCUUGUUAUGUAUGUUCUGAAGAUCUUCAACAGAAAUCUCUUAAUUAUGGCCAUGAAUUUCUCCUCCACAAUACUUCUCCUCCCAUUAAUGUAAAAUUUCUAAGAGCAGGUCAGAUUGCAAGCGUAUAAAAACUGUUGGGUUUGAGAAGCUAAUCAGAAAGCUAGCUUUCAACAUAAAAUUGGAUGUUUGAUGUUCUGCUGAACACCUGGAGUGAUGAACAAUACAAGCCCAAUGAUUUAUCAAGUACUUGCUUUCAGUAAACCAUUAACUUCUUGAAAAAGGUUUUUCUCCUCCUAACAAUAAUUGGUUUCCCAGAUCACUCUCCUUCCUUCAUACAAAAUCCUGAGAAGGCUGGAUUUUGAGAAAGGAUCUUGCAUGAGUUUUACAGCUUCUAUUGUGCUUACAUGCUUCAUGAAAAAAAAAGGAAGUAGCAUUAUGAAAGGGUACUUCUCAGGAAUUAAAGGAAUACUUGGCUAAACGUCUGCAGCAAAUGGUCUACCUGGAAAACACAGCCCUUUUUCCUGCUUGUAAACUGUCUGCUGACGUGAUCUUUAACAAUAUGCACACCUAUGAAGGUAAUGGUGAAAAACGCGUAGUGCAAACAAAUCUCAUCCUGUAGACUACUGAAAAACUGGUCACUAACACCAUUGCUAGAGGUAUCCCUCUAGUGUUUUGUUUCUCUUAAGGUGUGUAUGUAGCUGACCAUGUAGAUCACGUUCCCUGACAGAUGCCCAACUUGGGAUAUUCUAUGCACGAAUAUUUGUAAUUUCUUCCUAACCAUACCUCAUUUUGUGUGCUUAAGGCCUUUCACACAGACUGCUUAGCACCUCCUCCUGUUUAAAAAGAGGAUGAAAAGGCCUAGGUGCUGGUCACACCUAAAAAUGAUGUCCCUGUCUCCAGAAAACUGCUUCAGCAGGAACUUUGCCUUGCCAGGCGUGCUUAUGAAAAAUACACUCAAUGGUAUGGCUAUGAUGUGAUUGCAACGCAACGUCCAUACCAACUAGAAAUAUUUGUAGAAACAUCCCCAAGCCCAAAUCUCGCAGAUACUUCUGUGCUUGCAUUUUGAUCAGUGUGCCAUGCUCAGAAGCUCCGCUUCUGAGCCAUGAGGAAUGGCGCGGAAAGUUGUUAACAUGGUGGUAAGACGAAUGGCCGAAGGAGUUCUCUUGGAGAGGCCCCUUCCCAAACCAUCAGUGUCUCCUGGCCUCUGGACGUGGUCCAGGGGCUGUUUUGGGAAGGCCAUCAGCCCCACGAAGAGCCAGGCAUCACCACUGCAGGCAGCUGAGAGCAGACCCAGAACAGCAAACAUUCGUAGACAGCAGUAAAUGCCUGUGAAUCACAGCUCUCAAGUUCUUUUUUUUUUUUUCUUUUCGCCUUUGAAACAGUCAUCUUCCUAUUCCAAGCUGUACAAUCACAAAACUGAUUAAAAGUUCUUAUUAAAAACUUUCAGCCAAAAACAGCCUCUUGCUCAAGAUUCUUUGCUGCCCUGAGGUUGUGGUUUUUUUUUUUUUUUUUUUUCAGGGAAUUUUCCAUCAUCAAAAGCCCAGCGCAGGAAACAAUAGCAAAUACUGACUGCUGGCUUUCCACGUUUCAGUUAAAAACAAGCGACGAAGGCAUUCUCACUCCUCCCAGAAACAAUACGAAAAAGUCAGGGAGAGGGAAAAAAAAUAAAAAAAAGGAAAGAGAGGGAGCAACAGAACCCAGUUCCAGGUCCCAGCUGGGGGUCUCCCUAUCCUUCCUCCUCCUCCUCCUCCUCUUCCUCCAGGGCUCGCUUCAGGGGGGUCCGGCCGCCCCGGGGGGACCGCCCCUGCCAACCCAGGGACCCACUGCUCAUCCCCGUCCCGUCCCCGGUGCCUCGCGGCAGGCGGUGGGCGUGCGGCUGCGGCUUUAAGAGCUCCCACAAUGCCGCGCUGGCGUCCCAGUUCCGUUACAUGGCUCCCCCGCUGAAGGGGAGCGGGGCAGAGGCAGGAAGGAGGCGGGGGCGGCCGCGCACACCCCCCCGCAGCCGCCCUCGGCGGGGCCGGGCGGAGCCGAGCGGAGCCGAGCCCCCGGUCCCCCCGCCCCGUUUCCCCGCGGGGCAGAGGCGGGGCCGCGGCCGUUGGGGCCGUUGGCGCUGCCCGGAGCCGCUGCGGGACGGGCGCCCGGCGGCAGAGCGCAACUGGCCUUGUCAGUAGAUUUGGCACUUAUGCCUGGAGUAGCAGACUGCACUAAGCCCGCUGCAUAAUCAGACAUUCCCAUCUAUCUUCAUCUACAGCUUCUGAGAGAAGACUUGCAUUAUCUCUUGCGUAGCUGCAAGUAUGACUUGACUGGGUUGCAUUCAUGGCUCUUGGAUGAUCUGGUGAACCAUGGAGCUCAAGGUAUGGGUGGAUGGAGUCCAGAGAAUUGUGUGUGGGGUCACCGAAGUCACAACAUGCCAGGAAGUUGUAAUAGCCCUUGCUCAAGCUAUUGGGCGCACCGGGCGCUACGCGCUGAUCGAGAAGUGGCGGGACACCGAGCGGCACCUGGCGCCCCACGAGAACCCCGUGGUGUCGCUCAACAAGUGGGGGCAGUACGCCAGCGACGUGCAGCUGAUCCUGCGCCGCACCGGGCCCUCCCUGAGUGAGAGGCCCACCUCGGACAGCGUGGCUCGCGUCCCUGAGAGGACUUUGUACCGGCAGAGCCUGCCACCCCUGGCCAAGCUGCGGCCCCCAAAUGACAAAGCCAUGAAGCGGAGGGAGCCGAAAAGGAAGUCCUUGACCUUCACUGGUGGGGCGAAGGGGCUAAUGGACAUCUUCGGUAAAAGUAAAGAGUCCGAGUUCAAGCAGAAGGUGCUCAACAACUGCAAAACGACAGCAGAAGAGCUGAAGAAACUGAUUCACCUCCAGACAGAGAAACUGCAGUGCAUUGAGAAGCAGCUGGAGUCCAAUGAGGCGGAGAUCCGGUACUGGGAACAGAAGUACAACUCCAAUCUGGAGGAAGAAAUCCUCAAGCUAGAGCAGAAGAUCAAAAGAAACGAAGUAGAGAUUGAGGAGGAAGAGUUCUGGGAAAACGAGCUGCAGAUUGAGCAAGAGAAUGAGAAGCAACUGAAGGAGCAGCUCCAGGAGAUGAGGCAGAGGAUCCUGGAAUGCGAGAGCAAGCUGAAGGACUAUGUGUCGCAGAUCCAUAAUAUGGAGAGUGGCCUCGAAGCGGAGAAGUUGCAUCGGGAAGUUCAAGAAUCCCAAGUGAAUGAAGAAGAGGUCAAAGAAAAGAUUGAGAAGGUGAAAGGUGAAAUUGAUAUUCAGGGCCAGCAAAGUUUACGGUUGGAAAACGGCAUCAAAGCUGUAGAAAGAUCUCUGGGCCAAGCUACCAAACGGUUACAGGACAGGGAACAAGAACUGGAGCAACUGACAAAGGAGCUGCGACAGGUCAAUCUCCAACAGUUUAUCCAGCAAACAGGAACGAAGGUCACAGUGCUGCCUGCAGACCCCAUUGAGGUGGAGGCCCCACAUGUGGAGCUCGAGAGAGAGCCAACGUUUCAGUCUGGGUCAUUGAAGCGCCCUGGCUCAUCGAGGCAGCUCCCCAGUAACCUUCGGAUUCUGCAGAAUCCCUUGUCGUCUGGUUUUAACCCGGAGGGCAUUUAUGUAUGACAGUAUAUACCUCUUCUGGAGAGGACCUAGCAAGGUACCCUGGACAAGAUACACUUUUGUUUUAUUCUGCCAAUGAUGAAUGGAAGAAGCUUUUUUCUGUUAAGCCACCAUAUUACUUUUUUCUUCCUCCAACACACCACUUGGAGCCAUACCCUGUGCACUGAUGCUAAAGAGACAGGAACUGUCUCAAUUCGUAAUUGGCAGUGAUGAACUUGCUGUCACACAGCUAGAGUGCAAAAAACCUUCAUUUGUUUUUGCUACUUCAGAAGUGUUUGGGAAAGUAUUAUUCCGUGUAUAGGCAUAAAUAAAAGACUGAGGGUGAAGGAAACCAUGUAUGCAACUGAUUUGAGGUUUAAUUUAUUCCAUUUAAUCAAUGGACGUGUGAAUGUUGACCUUUUAUAUUUUUUUAUUUUUAACUUGUGAAUAAUCAUGUAUGGUUGUACAUCAGUCUGACAAGAUGACUUUAACUUGCAUGUACAAACAUCCACCAUUUGAUCAAGUACAACAACUUGCAAUGCAGAGAGUUGAGUGCUAAACUUUUAAAAUGGUUUCUCACCACUGACUUCGUUAAUUUCUGUUGUGGGUCGUGUGUCCUGUUCCAUCCAUUGCUACCUUUUAAGGCUUGAAAAGUGAGUCUGUGGGAUUUACUUGCUGUUGAGUCUGCCUUGAAUGAAGCACCUAGUGUUCAAAAGACUUGUGGAAUUUAAACCUUGGCUUGGUAAGAAUAUUUCCAGCAUAUGAUUGAGGAUGCACUAGUUAGAUGAUAUUUUAUUAUACAGAAUGUAUAUUUGAAAUAUUUUGCCACAUUGUAUAUGCCUUUUGAGAAAAGAACAAGUAAGAAAUUGUCUUCAUUUAUCUCACCAAAAGAGAGUAGGAGGCUUUCACGGUGUGUGAUUUUGUACUUUAUUUUUACCACUAGCCAUUACAGUGUUCUUGUUUUGCAAUAAAUCUUGCUGUUGGAGGAGAGAAAACAAAACAACACAAAUGAGCAUCUUCUUCCAGCUUUCCAGAAUUCACUCAAGUUUUGUGGAGGGAAGAAAUAUGGCAGAGUCCUGUGAAGUGAAUAGCAGAGCUUCUACUGACUGGAGUAGGGCCAGGAUUUCAUUCCAGGUCCCGAGUGAUAAAUGGUAGGCUUUAGCCCCUUUGAAAGAUGUAUUGCUACUUAGUCAGUUAUAGAUCAUAAAGCUUACAAAAAGGAAAUUCAGAAAUCUGGAAUUUUUAUUUUAACAACAACAAAAAAACAGUGAUAAUAUUACAUCUUGAUGUCACUAUAAUGCAAUCAAAGCUAAGCAAAGAUUUUGACAAAAUGGCUUCUGUGCAGAAAGAAAGAUACUACCAAGUAGCACGUUGGUUAUAGGCCUUGAAAUUGAUUGAUAGUGUGCACACCAAGUUUCCAGAGAGAGUUUCUGGCAUCAGUGGGACACUUGAUAUACAUUAGGAGGCUACAGCCUUGUGGAUGAGUCAGAGAAUGGGUGGGCCUUAAGUAGUUGCAUUUUGAUUUUGGAUUGCUGUUCUAGUAGGAACUCAAACUAUCAUCCACACAUUUGAGUUCACCUUGACAUGACAGGACUCACAGUACGUUCACUGCAGUAUUUAAUACCAGCCCAUAAGUGCGAAGGGUAACCCCAGACUUCAGUGAGUGGCAAAAUGACAAAACUCCUGAUGCCUUUGGUAGGUGAGGAUUUUACCACUGGUAGGAAACUCACAGCUUUUUGCCAUAGAAAAUGGUGAAGAAUUUUUAACUCCUAGCAUCCUCUUGUGUCAAUUUACUGAUGUGCAGAUAAAUGUUAAUUUAAGUUUCCUUUUUUUUUAAAAAAAAAAAAAAAGGAACUUUAAAAAAGGAACUUUUUUUUUUUAAAAAGAAACAAAACAAAAAAAAGGAACGUCCUAGUCAUAGUGACAAAUGGAAGCUUUAUAAGAUAUAGUAGAUGAAGGACUCCUGAGUGUUUAACGCAUUUUUUCCUUUCCACUUAUUAAUGGCAUCAUAUAUUCUAAAAAUGCUGCUGUAUUUAGACUAACAGCAACAGAUAAGGCUGUGAUUAUAUAAAGGACCUUUCCAAAUGGACUCUGAAUUUUUAAUGGUUAAAUUAUCGGUCUUUUUUUUUUCCUUGUGAGUAACUGGAAAAAGAUGUUCCUACCCGAGUGAUCUUUGCAGUGCUCACAGAUUUUACUGUUAGUUUAUCACAAUUCUGUGCUCAUGUUUACUGUGCCCAUAACUUUGUAUUAAAAAGAGAAUGUGUAUAUAUAUAUAAAUAUAUAUAUAUAUUAAAAAAGUGUAAAAUAUACAUAGUUUGGGGACAAUAUCUGUCCAAGGUACUUGAGUAUAUAUGCCUUACAUUCUGGGUUCAAUUUACAGAAAUAAAAUGGCCCUCUCCAGUGGAUAUCUUGCAUCUUCAGCACCUCCUCUUGACAUUAGAGAACUGAGGCACUCAGCACCUUGCAAAGUCUGGCCCAAAUUAUGCUGCAUGGGGGCACAGGGGGACACAAGGAAAAGCCUGUUGCAAUCUCAGCCUUGUACUGAGAUGAAGCAAUUUUAAGGCAGAUUAGCAUACUUACCCAGCUAGUGCUUGUGUCAUACUGUAAGUGACCGGUCCAUCUCCCACAGAUACCAGUUUGAAGUAAAUUGAACUCUUGGAUCAUAAAAACUGCUCUUCAUCUGCCAGGUUGUUCUUUAGGUUGGAGAGAAGAGGAAAAGGAUUAAAAGGAAGGGGAGGAGCAGCUUUGGAGGGCUUGAGUUAUGGCUUCAUAAUAGAACCUAGGAAGGAUUUUCCCAUUCAAGGUUGGUUGUUUGUUUGUUUUUAAAGGUAUCUGCUGAUUGCAGCAGCCGUUUGACAGAAGAGCCAGCCUGGAACUGGCUCAGGAGUGACCACUGCAUCAUUGAGUGGACCGUCCUUAUCAGGGCUUUAGCAUAUGUCAAGGUGAUCUAGAAAACGUUUACAGUUUCAACCACUGUUGUUGUGGGUAAGGAGAGGCAUCUGAACCUGCCAUUUGUGGGAAAGUGACAAAUUCACGCCCCCCCUCCCCCCCUUCUGUUGCUUAUUAAAUUUCACCCAGGUUAAAGUUUGUAGCAUUUGCACCCUCUCUGUAAAUAAACCAAAAAGAAGUGGCAUGCGCUUGCAUUAAAUGUGAAUUGAACAAUGUAUUACAGUUAUAAAAUUUCCUCACAUUACGGUGGUAAAAGUUUUGCUUCUGAUCAACUACAGAACCUCACUCUUUCUUUACAAAAAUAGAAAAUUUCAUUUUCGGAAGUGUUUCAAACCUCCUCAUGGGGCAUUAGCAAAAAGGAAGCUACACAUGCUAAUUCUAACAAGUGCCAUAUUAUGUACUGGCCAGCAUGAUAGUUUUUUUGUUUGUUUGCUUUAAAUAGUUGAAUACACAAGCACUAUUUUCCAGUGCACAGGGAAUUUAUAUGGAGAACUCCUGUAAUUUAUUACUAAUGAUAAUUAACUGUGUUACCUCUCUCAUCCAUGAGGAUACAGUUUAUUUUUGCUGGUGAUGCUAUGUUGUUGGGGGAAAAGGGGGAGAGUGACUGUUUGGCAAGCCCAUAGAGUAAGGCUGAGGUAAACAUUCUAAAUGCCCAAGCAAUGUAGAAAUGCAAGUCCCACUUUGAAAAGUGAGCCAGGAACCUUCCUCCCAUUACCUUUCAGUGGGGACUUAGGUUCCCAAGUGCCUGAAUUGCUUCUGAAAAUGCUGUGUUAGCUUUGAGAUUACUUGCUUUUCUAAAACCUAGCAAGCUGGAAGGAAGUUCUUCAGCAAGAGACCUAUCACUAGCAUUAGCAAUAUGCAAACAUGCUUUCAUUGUGAAGUAAGAGGGAAAAGAUUGUUUAGUGAAAUAAGUCUCCUCUUGGGGCACUAAUUGCCUUCUUUUUAGCGUGAAGAGUAUUGCAUUAUUUUAGUGAACUGGGAUCAUAUGAGUAUGAGCAAAAUAUUGAUCUUGUCAUUUUUAGUGAGUUAUCUUGAAGCAUAUAAAUUCCUGAUGUGCAUUAACUUGAGUGAAUUGGGCCUUAAUGAUCCAUGUAAAUAACAAAACUGUAUUCAGAUAUUUCUUCCAGAAAAUAGUCUCUAAUAGUCUGUACUGUAUUAAAAUAAGUGUUAAAGUGUUACUUUUAUAUUACACCUUUUUUUUUUUUUAGAACAUUGAAACAUGCAUGUUUAUUCUAUUUGCUACAGUAUUUUAAUGUUUUGGAUGAAGGCCAUCAGUUGUAUGGAGAUGACAAAACAAUCAUUCUGUCUAUUUAUUCAGUAUUGCUGCUUAAAGUUUUCAAAAUAAAGCUUUCAAUGCCAAUAUAGUGACUAAUUGAAAGCUGUUCUAGCUCUCUUCAGACAUAUUUUCUAUGUUUAUAUAAAGCUAAAGAAGUGAAACUUGGUAUAUAAAUUGUUAUACCAGCAAAGAAUUGUUGCAAUAAUGUUGUGGGAAUGGUUGAGGGUAUGUGUGUGUGGUAUAUACAUAAAUACAUGCAUGCAGUGAAUGCUUUUAGGCCUUGAGUAAAUGGAGUGCUGAAGAAUGUUCAAAUCCUUUGCCAUCUUGCAAGCAACUUACAUGUGUGACCAAAUACUGGCUAAUGCAUUGUACUAGUGUGCAGUGCUUAUGAGGGACACAGCAAGUAGAUGUGGUUGUAAAGGAUCAGUUUGGGGCCCUUUCAACCAAGUAUGGCUUGACCACAUUCUUGAGUAUUCCAUAGAUGUGUUUCUGAACUGGGCCUAAAAGUGUGUUCUGAUAGAAAAACCUGAUAGAAAAAAUGAGCAAAGAUGUCUCAUUUCAAGCAUAGCCGGUACCUCUGAAGUUACCUCUGAAAAUUCAGAGUUCUGAGAUGGGCAGAGGGUUCUGAGAUGAUUCAAGUAUGCCCACUGUAUUUAGUAGAGGGUAUCAAAAUGCAGAGAACAACAUUCACCUUCACAAAUAUGGUCACCCAGUGAAACUACUAACGGGUCUCUAACUGGAAGAUUUGAGUUGCUGAAGCUUUAACAUUGAGAAGCAAUGCCAAUUAACUGUGAAAACAUAAAUGAGCAUUUGAUUACUGCUCUGCUUCAAUGCAGAAUGAAAAUCUGUACUAUGUGUAACUAUAUUUUGUCAUUUAAAAAAGCUUCUAUUUUUGAUUAUUCUCAUGAACGGUUGACGAAAGAUAUUGAAUAUGCUCCCAUACAAUAAAUUCCCCUCUGAAACUUUGGGUCUUUACAGUUCAUGGUUUUCUGGAAUUGCGCUAUACAUCUCGCGGACAUCUCACAUACGGCUACUGGAACUCUGUUCAUCAAAGAAGAAGGUGAUGUUCUCUGUGUCCAGAGCUCAAAUGCUUCCAGAAAUGGCCUUAUGUUGAGCAUUAGGGUGCUGAAUGCUCCCAGAUGGCAAUUUACUUGGGGGCAAGGGACAUGCAGAUGGUCAGUGUGGGGCCUCCAUCAGAAAGUGUGCACAUACUAUAUUUUCAAUACAAAUACAGCCCGGGAACUAGAAGAGAUGGAGGAGCUUGUUUUCACAUGAGGAACUAUUACUAAGAUUAAUGUUCAUCCCAAAAUGAUAGAAUUGGUCUGCAACUCAGAUGAAGUUUAACUUGUAAAGCAGAGAGGCAGGGGGUUGUUUGGAGGUGAUCAAGGAGAGGAAUUGAACAGACAGAAUCUUCACAGAAAAGAAAAAAACACACAUACACACACACAAAAAAAGGUGCACACAUGCUUCAGCAGGAAGAAAUCAAGCUUUGAACAAGGAACUGAAGGCUGGGUUCGGGCUUAAUUCUUGUGCUCAAGACACCAGAGCCUGUGAAGAUCCCUUGAGUUUAUUUUUGUUGAUCAAGGCAAGGAACUCAUCACAGCCAGGGAAUUAUGAUUUAAGCUAUCCAUAUACAGCCUGUAGUCUAAUAUCCCAACAACCAUCUUUUCCUAAACCAACUGGAACCUAAUCUCAUUUGCUGUGAAGAUAAAUGAGCUAACAGUAGUAGCACUGUGGACAGACAGUAAGGCAAUGCCAUGAGCUUCGCUGAAACCCUAGCGAGUGGCAUUCAUAUUGGAAGAACCACGUAGGUUGUAGAGGACCUCUGUUCCUGAAAGCUGCCCUUUUCUGCAUCUGUCCAAGUCAACUGGCUGCUUUUUUUGGUAACCAAAGGUUUCCCAGCACCCUCAGCAGAGUCAGUGGCAUAGCUAAUGGUUCUGAUCUUUUGCUUUGCCUUUAUAAAACAAAGUGAUAUAUUUGUGCAUGACUGCUGCAGCACUAACUAGCUUAGUGUAAAUGGACCACUAAUGAGUUGCAAAACCAGACCAGAUCAAUGGUCCAUUUCAUUUAAAAGCCAUUCUGGGUUCUGCUUGUCGCACCCUUGUCAGCUAGGUAGUAUUUCUUUAUAAACCCGAUUUUUAAUGAUUGUUUCAACUAAGUUCUCUAGUGUCUGAAGUAGGACACAAUAAGUGACAGUCCCCGUUAUUGCCUUUCUUGAAAAUGAUGUAUUUGCUACCUUUGGUAUUGUAGCUAAUGGUAAUGAGUGAAUAUUUUCUAGGUCAGCCACUGUUUCAUCAUUAACUUUCUCCAGAAAUACUGGAUGGAGGCAGUCUCAGCUGGUCUGAUUUGUUCAAUUUUUCCAGGUGGGUAUGCUGUGCGCUGUGUCCCCUCCUUUGCAGCACAUUCCCUGUUCUGUGUGCUGCCAGGUCACAAAGCGGUGGCUUUAAUUUGUUAAGCAUGAGCAACUGCCAGGUGGGUGACUUGAAAAGAGCCUCUUCAGAAUGUGGUAGUGCAGCGAGGAACUUGAUGCAAGUGGAGGUGAUGAACUUAACUGAGCACCCUCACCACUUGUCUGAUCGGCUCAGCCACUGCCAGCGUCCAUGUGCUGCUUCUGGUGGGUCUGUCCAUGUCCCCUGGGGCAAGAAACUUCAUUGUUGUCAUACACACAGCCCUGGUGUUACUCUCCUGUGCGUGUGAUAACCUCUACAGUGACUCAUGCCUAAAAGAGAUGUCCACCUCUCUUGCAAACUAAAUUAUGGUUGUUUUUAUUUUAUGGAGAUGCUUUUCUGAUCUGAAUCCCUGGCUAUGGAAGGGUGGCAGGAAUCUCCGCAUCCUGUUAUGCAGUGGGAGAGUGUCAUCAAAGUGAACUGUUUAGUUUAGUCAUCCAGAGGUUGAAUGGUGAAAGGCAGCUACAGCAGAAGGGAUCUUCAGCUGCAAGAGUCGCCAGUUGGGUGUCAGUCUCUAGUUUUUGCUUCGGUCCACAUGAGUUAAGCAUGUCUGACCUUUCAGUUUCCAGUCCUCUAAGCCACAGGUAUACCAAGGAAAAGCAGAGUUAUGGAAACAAUGUGAAGUCUACUCAACGGGACAGAUUCCUGAACAGUAACACACAGAUGAAUGGUAUUUGGCCUGUAACAGUUAUAAGCUAUAUCGCACACCCACGUCUCAUCAUUUAAUCACGUUAUUAGUUGCAUACGUAAUGGCUUGUUCCCCAAUAGCAUGCUUUCAUUUAAGCUGUUACUGCAAAAUAUGGAAUUGAUGCUAUGUUCCAGCUAUGAAUUGAUGCUAGUUCCAGCUAUGUUUUCCCCCUUCUGUGCAUGUUUUUAUAUGUGCUAUUUUGUGUUUGUUGAUUCAGCUAUGCACUUUGUGUUGCUUUACCCCUCUGCAGCAGGAAAAAAGAAGACAGUAAUUGGGAGGUCUAGUGUGAAAAUGCAACCUAAAAUUGCUAAUAUUCAAUCCUGGAUCAAGGUGGAUGGAAUAAAAGUUUCUUUUUAAUGAACACAAGUUUGAAGAAAAAUCUUCAGAACAGUUCCAGCUGGGCUUAUGAAAGGUCUGCUUAAAAACAAACAAAAAACCUUUUGCCAAUAAUUAGCUGACUAGGUAUUUUAAAAAAGAAGGCUUCUGGUAAACAGAAAAGGAGGGAGGGGUAGAUGUGCACCAACAGCUGUAACCCAAUUACUUGCCCUGCAGCCCCUUUCACUACCUUUGUGAUAGAAAGUGAAGGGUAUCAUCCAGCUUUAGAGGCCGUGACAGUUGCUAAAAUAAAACGCAGGCCAGCCUUUAAAUGGGGAAUAACUGGAAUGUUUUUGUUACUGCCCAUGAAGCUUCUCAUAAAUUUAUACCUGUCACAACCUGCAACGAUAUACCCUUUUUAUCAGGUGUACCAACCUCCUUUUGAUUAAAUGUUAUGUGUGAGAAAAGAUUAUUUGACUUUAGCAGUCGGAAUCAACCUGAGGUGAACUUUGAUCAAUGAGGUAGAAGUGCCCUUCUGGAAAGCUGAUGAGAAACCCAAGAACACUGGCUGACCUUUUACUAUGCUUUGUUGCUGUAACGUCUUAACUGUUAUCUUGACCUAGCCGAUCUGCAUCAUGGUUACCAAGACUAUGACCUGGAUUCUCCAUUGUCAUGUAGCUUGUCUCAUGAACAAAACCAGCAUGGAUGAGACACUGACACAGCUAAACGAGAAAGGUAACAAUGUCUGUUAGCUGUGUGUUGGUGUGAAAGGCUACACGAGAUGCAGGGCACCAGAUAGUAUUGCCCCCUUUGACUCUGUCAGAUCACUGCAAUUACAACAAGGUCUACGCGAGAGGGCAGCAGCACAUGCUGACAUGCCUCGAACAGCACAGUCGCAAAGCCACGUUGAAAAGCAGCUUUUCUGGGCAUACAGCACACAAUAGGGAAUCAUAAAAUACACAACAUGCCAUCUUUAAAUGCAUUCUUACAGGAAGGACACAAUAAUACUUAUAAAGAGCUGUCCACGUCGCAGCAUGCGUGUAGCUGAUGCAGUUCUCACAGUCUCUGUGAGGCGAGCUCAGGCCCUUCUGAAACCUUCUGUACAGACGUGGGCUGAAGCAUUCAGUUUCAGAAAUUAUAUUGUGCCUGGGACUGGGAAGCUCUUGUUUCGCUUUACAGCUCUGCCACAGAUUUUCUGUGUGUGACCUUGGGCGAGCUACUAUAAUCCCUCUGGAGUGGAGUCCCCCAGCUGUAAGCUUGAGAUAAUACUGCUUCAUCCCCUUUGACUUUGUCUAUAUAUACUGCAGGCCCUGUGGGGAAUGGUGUCUUGUUUCCUAUUUGUUUGGCAAACAGUACUUAGCCCAGUGUGGUCCUGAUCGUGUCUGUGCCAUCUCAAUACUAUUGCAAUAAAGUAUAUUUUUUCAUCGUACCCAGAGGAUGACAAAAAGUCACUCUGAGUUGGUUUUACUUUAGAGUAAGAGCAAGAUGCAGACAUGAUGAGGGAAGCUGGGGGUCUCUGAAGGUGAAUUCUUGUUUAGCUUUAAUUUUUUUUUCUAAAGGGAUACAAAGGAAAGGCAAGUAAAGGAAUUAAAAAAAAAAAAAAGAAACCACUCUUAUUUCAACUUUAGUUCAACCAAUUCUUCUUCCAAAACAAUGCUAUUACAAGAGGCAGCCUGACUCCUUUCCCAAGUACUACUUGGGCGUGUGUUGUAGCUAGUCAAUAGAAAUGAUUGACUGAGCAGGCGGAGAUUUGCUCGCUGGUCCUAAAAUUUCCAGUAUUUCCACAGGCCUGCUGAUAUUCUAGGAACAUACAAGCAACUAGUAAUCCCCUGUGACAGGCUGCCAUUUCAUGAUUGUCUGGAGAAACCUAAGUGCCCUUUGGUAUUAUAGUGGCUGAAGAGAGAAAGUGCACAAGAGUUAAAUCAUACAAGAAGGCUGCCUUUUUGGGGGUUGUUUUUUGACUCUGAUAUGUUUUCUGAAAGCACUUCCCCCAAAAAUCUUCAACAAGCCAUCAAGCUGCCCUUACUCUGGAGACCUGUAAAGAAUGAGCAACCUUCAAUGAGGCUCAGCACAAAGACUUAACCCUUCUGCUUAGUUCUGAGAUUAAAGAUCAUUUUAAGGCAUUGCCAUCUGAUCCACUUACGUUAUAGUUAGUGAGCCACAGGCGUUUGACAAAGCAACGAGUAAUCAGCCCCACGGCACCUUAUCUCAUAUCCUGCUCAGUAAGUUCUUGCUGCUACCUUUGUCCACAGUCACCUCAGGAAGUGUACAGCUGGAAGCACCUCCUUCUAUGAACAUCUCUCCUUUGAUAGAAAAAUGGACUUGGUCCAUCCCAGGCAUGCAAUAACGCAGACAACCACAUACUUCACGUGCUGUGAGCAAAUGCACAAUGGCCCCGUAGCCUGAGAAGUGUGAGUGUAAGUACCUAGUGAAACUACGUGUUUGACGCCUCUUCAUUUGCUGUUGGAACACAGCCUAGAAGUCCCAAGAAAGAGUCUGUUAUAUAUGAGCAUACACAUACAUGUAUAUGUAGUCAAGUCACUAGACACCAUUAUUGCUCUUGUCAGAUUGGGAAAUUAAGGCCCAGGGAGGUGAAACUAUUUUGUUAUAAAGUAUCAGGUUUGUGUUUUCUUGUAGCGCAGAUCAUCAAGACUCCAGUUGCCUCCACCAGUUUUUCAGCUUCAAGAGGUAAAAUAUUCUUAGAGCCUGAACUAAGAGCAAGGGAAAACUUCCUGUCAUUGUUCUGUCUCCUUUUAGCUCAUAUAAGAAAUGCAUACACUCUCUGAUGCACAGCAGAUGGGUGCGCUGCAUUUCAUGGCUUCCAUGUCUGAUUAAAACCAGAAGGUGAAAAUGUAACUGAAGGGUAUUAGUAAAAGGAACUCCAUCUGGGUGAUGCAAUUCUGGGCCAGCUGCAACUGGGGAUAAAAAUUUGACUGAUUUCUACUUUUUCAGGUAACUGUACCUAGCUAACUGCUUUCUCUUGCAUACACAAGUUGCCUACUUUGGUAGGAAAGCCAUGCAGCAAAUCCAAAAAGAGCAAAUUGUAACUACCCAUGUAUUUUGUUCCUGUAACAGAAGCAGCAACUAUGCAUAACUAUAUUUUGAUUUCAAGACACCCCAGGAUCUACAGUGGUUUGAAACUACACGUCCAAAAAAAUGAGCAUUUCACAGGGCUGUUCCUGCUGCAGUUCUUAAUUGCAUGGCUGAAUCACAGUUGCACCUGCUUCAUGGUAUUGGUAACAGGGACUGGUCAAAAGCAAAAAAAGGUUUCCUGUUCUCAGCGUGCAGUUGUGACAAGUGAUGGGGCAGUGGUUCUGACCUGUCUUUCUGUUCCUUUGCUCCUUCUGUCCCAGCCAGAAACUCAAGACUCACAAUGCAGUGAUGCCUUCAGUCAAAAGAGGCAGCAUCCAUCUUGAUGGCAUUGUCACAUGGACUCACAGGUAACAUCCAUGGAAAUGGAAGAGAUCCCCCCUUUACAGGCCUGUACAAAUGUAAACGAUGUGACUGUACCCACUAGGGAAAAGGCUAGGGUAGCCCUCAGCCACCAGCACACUGCUCCAGUCCAGGCAGCUUUGUUCCAGGAAAAAGAUACAGAUGAUCUCCGAGUACAACACAAGUAAGUGACAUGCAGUACCUUGUCACUGACUUUGAUGGACAGAUGAAUUGCCCUCUACCUCUUUGAAUGUAUGGCCAUGGAGUUACUAAACCCAGGCAAACCCAUGACAUUACAACGUAUUUCUAAAACAGUUAUUGCAGACUCAGCAUGCUCAGCAAUUGCAGGAAACAGUUAGACUCUUGGAAAUGCCUUCGAGGCCUGACAGGACCCUGACGGGAGCCUGCAUCCUAUAGAUGGCUCCUGGGGCAUGGUAUACAGAUUACUCUCGAAGGUCAUUCAAAAUAACUGUACUUACAUUGCAAUUUACAGCACUGGAAUUUGCCCCCCCGACCAGCUGUGUUAGGCAUUUUGUAUAGCUGCUUCAUGUUUCACAGGUAGACGGGUGGUAGAUCUUCACUUUCUUAUUUCUCAGUUCUGUAGAACAAAUUGCAGUCCAAACAUACACCUUCCCAGUGUUGUGCCCGGAACACAAACAAUCCAUGUUUACACAUGCAUUUUUCUUUACAGAUGGACUAGGAGUGCCCACAAACAUCGUCUGAUGACAGCAGCUUGUUAGACGAUGGUAACUUCUCUCCCAGGUGUUGAAGGAUGCACAGGCAGCUUUCACUCUGAUCCUUGCCCACACAUAUUCCCAUCUUCUUUAGUUGCCUGUGUACCACUUGUAAUAAGCAGUUCUUGUCUAUUCCACAUGUAUUUUCUACUUUUUAAGCAGCCUGAUAUUAAACAGGUUUUCCCUACUCAUUGUAUUGGUACAUUCUCCUCUACAGAUGCCUCCUUCCUGACUUCACUCUGGAAACUGAAGUCUUGAGUAUAGUGCAUUUAGUUUUCAGACCCAGCAAACUGUGUGUAUUCCAAAAAAAGAGCAUCUGUAAGAUUCUGUAGAACUGGAAAAAGCAAACACAUUCAUGCUUUCAGUCCCCUAAAUCAUAGCAGCUUCUCUCUAGAACAACAGAGGGCACCAUUCUUCUCUCAAAAAGCUGCAGCUGGAAGAGGCAUAGCCUUGCAUUUAAAUAAAAGUUUGGGAACUAUAACAUUUCUCUCCUCAGUAGGUGACUUGGACAGAAUGUUCUUCCUCCAAGGAGGUUCGUCCUUGCGUAUCCCACAUCCUGGGGGAAGGCCCUGGUUCAAAGCAGUUCUCAGACAAGUGCAUUUCAUCUCUCUUGUGUAUCUUGUCCUUGUUUGCACUGAAUAAUUAAGCAGACAUGUACUGAGAAAUAGCUUUAGCCUAUUGAUUAGGGUAUUAAAUCUGGGCUAAGAGGAAACCGGAGUGCCAGUUCCUACCCCAGCUCCUGUAAACAUCCAUUAUUUGUUUGUUUCCUCUGGGUUUGUAAUGUAAAAUGCACAAACAGGGCAGGAAUCUAGGUUUCUCCUCUCAGGUGACUGCAUUAUCUUCUAAUUAUUGUGUUGUCCUACAGGUGCCUCCAGCACAGCCUCCCUGCCACCUGGUGAGUGCUGCCACUGCUGACAGCUUUGAAGUAAAGGAGUGUAUCUCUUUCAGCUGCUGAAAACAUGCUGAUUUGUGCAUCUACCUCCGUGAAAGGCUUUGGGGCUGAGUUCUGACUAGGGGGCAGUGAUACUCGUCAGAGGCCCAGAGAGGGCAGGGGCACAGAUGUGUCCUAUUAACUGGUUUGUACUGCUCUCUUCUGGUCCCAUUGGCUGCAGUGAAUUCUGUCCCAGGCUCUCAUGCAGACCCAGGCAGCUCCUGCCUCUGGGCUAUGCCGUGUGAACAGCAGCAGGAUUAUGCUGUGACCAGGACUGAUGUCUGAUCAAAGCCCCUUGGCUGCAGCAGAAAGCAAACCAGGAGAGCUGCUGAGGCUGUACUAGUGUGUUCCCUGCUCACAGUGCAGCAGAAGGGUCCAGAGGGUGCCAAAGACCUCCAGCGUUCUGAGGUACACCUCAGAAAUAGACGUAAAUGGAAGAACUGCAUAUGCAACAGGUAUGGUAGGGAAGGCUAGCAGCACCUAAUAAAAAGUUCAGGUAUCCAACACGUGUAGCAGAUGCUGCUUGGGGAUUAAGCACUGCUGGUGCUCAAGUCGUUUUGUGAAGCCAAAGAAAGGCUGGUGUGCCUGAAAGCCAGUCUGUUCUGUCGUUGUUGUUUGUUUUACAGUUGCAUCAGCUGUGCUAAUAAAACCUCUUGCCUUCCCCUACAGACUUUGCUUAUAUCCAUAGACCUUCACCGUAACAACAUUAUUACUUGAAAAAUGGCCUCUGCCCAAACUGUUCCCUGAUUAGUUUAUUAGCGCCUCAGCUCAUAAAAGAGGGGCGGGGGGCGUCGCCACCGCCGCCAUGAUAACUGAGGGCACGCCCGGCGCCGCCUAACGGCCCCAACGGGCGCCGUUGUCAGAGGAACCGCCGUGGCCUCGCCCCCCGCGCGGCCCCGCCCGCACGUGCCGGGCAGCGUGCGCGGCGUUCGCGUAGGCGCGCGCCCCGGGCUGCGGCGGGUGUGAGGCGGUGGCGGGUGCGGGGGGACAUGGACCGGGGCAUCGUCAUUCGUGUGAGGCGGCGCCCCUGGAUCCCGCCCUGCGAGGGGCUUUUCAUCAGCCGCACUGUCGCUUGAGGAACAGACGAGUUCGACUUGAACAUAAAUGAAAAAAAAUACUAAAGACUUUCUGUUUCCCUGGCUGCUGGUCUUGCAAACGCGUUUGGAGAUCUCGCUGCCAGUGAAAGCGCUUUUUGUGCGUCUUGGGCUCUCUUAUUGUUAGAGAGGCUGUCCUCGGUGGCCUGGGGUCGUUCCUGUUUGUUUUUGACGGAGAUGCUUAUAUUCCAGCCAAGGGGAAAAGUUGGUCCUGCAGCUAGAAGCUGGGGUCCAGUACUACGGGCUGUGCUGGCAGCGCUGAUCUCUACCAGGGAAAUACUGAUCGGGGGUGAUACUAACACUAACAGUAUGCAUGGAGAUGGCCGCUGGUCCGGGACAGCGGGCCUUCGAGUCACUGCAGUAAGCUGUCACCAAGUGUGAAGCCCCUAAUGCCAUAACUAGACUGACUGCUGUUCCUGUGUAGAUUCACUUAUUUGCAAACAAUGUUAUGUGUAAGCUAAGCUUGGUGCUUGCCUGCCGUCAGCUAACAGCAGGGCUGGAGCCUUAGCAAUUUUGUUGAUAGAGUGUGGUGAGAAUAGAAUCCGCUUCAGCAUCUGUCAGAUCAGUUGGCUCUGUAGUGCAGAUAUGACUCCAAACGCACUUGGGGAGCCAAUUUUCUGCUGAGUAAGAGGGUGCCGUAUUUACAUAGCUCUAAGGUCGUUCUUUAGAAAUUGCUCAGUUGUGAGAGUAAUGUGACCACAAGGGUUUCUUUUUUGGUAACUGGUUCUCCAGGUUUUGCUCUGGAUAGAAGUAUUUUGGAGCGAGAGCUAGCCUCACCUUUGAGCUUUGAGAGAAAGACAAGCAGACAGCUAGGAGAUGCUUCCCUUUACUGGCUGCUGGGCUGCAAUCAUACGAUCACGCAGACAGCACUACCCAGCAGAUGUCUGUACUCAGGGAACUGAUGAUACUGGAGGAUUGAGGGGACCAGUUCCCAAAGCACUCAUCCAAGAUUUGUGCUAGUCUGUGUUGUGCAGCUUCUGUUAGAUCAAGCACCUUGCUGUGAUAAACUGCGAGGGGGAAAGGAAUGUGGAUGUGUUUCUAAUAAUGAGCAAGUCUGCGUUUCUAAUUUGAUCCUAGAUCUUGGCUGAAGUCAAAAAUCUGUAGAGGCAAGUGAUAACCUGUGCACCUGCUUUUAGACUAAACCAGGAUAAACAGGGACAGGGAAGCUGAGCUUUAAAAAUACAUAAUAAAAAUAAAUAAAUUAACAAGCAAAUAAAUAAAAAGGCAGGCCUCUGUGGAUGCUGGAGAAAGAGCUGUCCCCAGCCCCUUGGCCCUGGAGAGCAGCCUGAAAUCACAGUGCCUGCUUUCUGGGAGGCACAAGGGCAUGUCUUCUCGCCCGUGCCAGGUGUCACCUGCCUCCUGUGGGGCACAGCACAAGUUCCAUGUAGGAGGAGGCACGCUUGCGGCCCAGGAAAGGGCAGCAGCAGCAGGUGCGGUGCUGCUGGGUGCCCCGUGAGUGCAGUGAGGCAGAACGGACUCCGCCACUUGACCCAGGGCAGGGCAGCUCCGUGCAGCCUGCAGCAUAGCCGUAAUUGAGGCUGCGGUGAGUUUAGUGUUCCUGACAGAUUGACAGCCCUGGAGACCUGUAGCCACGGAAAGGGUGCAGAGAGUGAGGUGACAGCGGCAGUUCUCUCUGGCCCACACAUGUCCAGGACUUGCACGGCUGCUGCUAGUGGCAGGUGAAGCCCCUGGCUUCUCUGGGCUGUUUUGCAGCAAGCUACAGAGACUGCACCAUGAGCAGAGACAGUAAAUAGAGAUUAAGGCUUUUUUGAGUGAAGAUGGCUCUAAAAAAGCCAAGUGUUUUUCUGUGGAGAAAAAAACAUGGUGUUUUUGUUACUUGCUUUCUUUAAGGUCAUGCUUUCAAGUUCAUUUCUGCAAGUAGCAGGCAGGAAACUUCUCAAAUGAAGGCAAAGAUCAUGUGACUCCAGGAGCUGAUGUUCAAGGAGGAAAGGAAAUACAUUGUGAGACCCACAGACUAUAAAUUUACCAGUGCUGAAAUGCAGUGCACACAGUCCCCAGGCUUGCUGGAUGUUGAAGCCAUUCAGUCUGCCCUGACUAGAAGUGAAAAUUAAACAAACAAGCCCCAAAACAGAGACUUAGGACCUACUCCAAAGCCCAUUACACUUGAGAAAAGGACUCACAUUGACUUAAUUGGUAGGUCAGGCCUUUCUUAAACAGAGCUGAUAGUCAAUUUGAGUUCCAUAACUGUCAUCUUUCCAAAUAAAACUUUCAUUGCCUUUAGUGGGAGUUGCAUGAUACUACCUUCUAUUGGCUUAACAAUCUCAACUGUGUUUGUUUAACACACUAUAAUGGAACCUUUCAUGCCACUAUAAUGUACUGGAUAAAUAAGAGCUGUUUUCAAAGUUUAUUGCUUAAGAAAAUACAUUUACCAGCUUACAGCCUUUAUCUCGUGGCUUAUGAAAAAUAAUACAUCAUGUACCCAAGUGUAUGCAAUAAAUGCAGCACCCAGUCCUGCACUCGGGAAGCACAGUUGAGAGUUGCUCCAUAUAUGGUAGAGUUACAGAAAGUGUGUAGGAAAUAACAAGCAUUGAUAUUUGCACAGAAGUGAAUGUAUAUUAAAGCCUGUCAGGCUGUUGUCUGUUUUUUUUUUUGUUUUUUUUUUUUUUAAUUUCAUUGUUGUUUUGUUUUUUAACUCUGAGAAAAUGUGAAAUGUACAGUUUGACUUAGGCUCCAAAGGGAUCUGAGGAAGCCUGGAAUUGAAUAAUUGAAGCUGACUUUUAGGGUCCCUCCUGUCAUUUGCCUUUUGCCUCCAGCAGCUGUGGAUUAUCAGUCUCAAUUACAACCCCCCCCCUUUUUUUUAAACCUGUUUGCUUUUGUUGGGCAUUGGUAUUAUCUGAACACAUAUUUGUCUUUAUGUUUUAUGUAAUAAAAUUUAAUAGACACUAUUGACACUGUAACUUGGCGUGAAGUCAUUUGGCAUGCUUGAUUCUAGGGCUAAUAAAAAUAAGCCUUCCUGUUAUUGUACAUGGUAAAUACUGAAACUGGUAAAACCCUAUAAGGAUCUUGGUUUAUAGCCCAAUGAAAUCUAAACUGAUUCAUAUUCCCGAAGGCUGGAAAUAUGAAAAAGACAUACAGCCUGGUCUGCAUCCAGGUUUCAAACCACCCAAGUUGUUCAUGAGGGGUACAUCCUUUUUUUUUUUUUUUUAUUUCUUCCCAAGUUGUUCAUGAAGGGUACAGGUUUCUUGUUGCUUUUUUUUUUUCUUUUUUUUUUCCAGAGGUGCUGGUGGCUCCACCCUUUCUGUGCGUAUAAUAAAAUGGCAGGAAGGGCCUCAUACUCGGUAAGGCCGAUUCCCUCUCUGCUGCGAGGAGUCGGAGCAUGUAAGCGCAUUCAUCCCUGCGUAAAGUAACAAGAGUUAAGCUGUUUAAGUAUGCAGGUCAGAGUAAUGUAGUUGGUGAGUUAUGGAGUUGAAGAGCUGCACCUUGUUCACGUUCACUCCUGUGAUAAUCCAGGGCACAGAGCAGGAUCCAAAGACAACUGUGUUCAGCGGCAGGUUUUUUCCAUUACAUUACCUUUGAUAACCUUUGAGUUCAGCCCACAAAUAGCUGACUUCAACAGCUGUAGGGAUGUAUCGCAGCAGCCUUCGGCCUGUUGCCACCACUUGAUGGAAAACGGACAUCUGCAGAGAGCCUUUCUAUAUCUUUUUCUAGUAGGAAUUAAUUUCAUUAUAGUUUCUACACAAAAAGGCAUAUACCUGUUUCUUAACAAUCCCGUUUGAAUGGUUUAGAAAAGAGAGCUUAUUUUUCACCCCGGUCAUAUUUUCUCCUGCAUUUCAGAGGACUGCUGGAAUCAGGAUGAGUUUUGGAGUUUUCUGUGACAUUUGUGCUCCAACUUCAUUCAUUGUCAGCAUGGCCGUGAGUACAGAGUCGUUGGUGUUGAAGAACCAGUAGAGGGAGCGCGAAACACUUCCUUUAUAUUUCUCUCUUACAUAAACAUUGGCUACCGUUUGAGGGUUUUCUUAAUUUUAUUUCCCUGGAACAGGAAGAAUUUUUGAAAGAAUGUGAUCAGCGGCUCAGAUAUCAAAUCUGUGUAAGUCUUUGGAGUGCUGCAUUUCCACACUAUGAAUUACCUGCCUGUUUCCACCACUCUAUUCCCCCUCCUGCUCUCCAACUCCCCCAACCCAAAUGUUCAGUUUUCCUAGGCGAUUUCCAAGCAGGAACGUGCAUCAUUCCUCCAGAGUUCAUGAUGCUCGUGCCAUUAGAUUGUCACGUGAAUUGUAACGUUUGCUCUUGGUAAACAAAGUUUACACACAGCACCAGAAGUGUAAAAUAUUAAUUUUAAAAGACACAAUAUUUUGCAAGAGGGAAAGAAAGUAAACAUCAGGAAGAAAUACGUGUUCCACGUGCAUGAUUUAUAUGUUGCUUAGUGAAACGUGCGAAUCUGAGAGUUUGCUGAAGUGAGUUAAAAGAAGCCAAGCAAAUUGAAACCCAGCUUAAAAAUGUGAAGAGGCAGUAAAUGAUUAUCAUAAGCCACACAAUGAUGCGUUUUGAAGCUCAGUGCGCCCACUAUUAGGUAUUAUCAUGAGAUUUUUAAUUAGUAGACAACCCCAUUUUGUGUAUUAAAGUUUUUAUUCCUUAGUAAGAAUUUUUUUUUUAAAUCACAAAAUAGUGUGGAAAUAUUUAGAUAAUAGAAUUCAUGGAGUGCUGGAAAAUACUGAAUAUAAAGAUUGAUUUCUAAUAUAUCACAUACUAAACUGUUCUAAAACAGCUGGUUUCUUGCAGACAAGAUUUAUUUUUUUUAAUAAUUUAAGACAGCAUAAGCUUGUAUCAAGCAUAAGCAUCGUAACAAAAGUGCAACUUUUUCAGCAAAUCCUCCCAAAAGAUAUUUAACUCAAAAUAUCAUUAACACAUAUUUUCUCCCUACAAAAAUAGCAUGUCAGACAUCAUUAAUUGGAUGUAUUAACAACUAUUUACAUACAGCCACUCUGUAGGCUAGUAAGACUUUUUUUAACGUUGUUUAAACACAGCGUUUGAGGCAAACAGUAGCAACAGCAGCAGCAAAUGCACCAAACUGACUAACAGACCCAGGAUACUUAUUCACUCCGAGUCAGACUGUUGUGUCUCACCUCUUACAUAACAUUCAAGUGAGAUGUCUCACAGUGCUACCUUGGCAACAAACUAAAAAUAUCUAGGCAAGGUCUUGGUUUAAGCCUUAUUAUAAAAGCUUUAUCUGUGUGAUUAUCUGGCAUCUGGUUUGUCUCCAGAAAGGGAAAUAGCGACAUUUGAGAAUGGGAUGAGGAGACAACCCAUACAAGAAACUUGCCCCCCAUGGGCUGAUCACCUCUGAAUGCAAAGUGAGGGGUUUACCUAGGGCCUCCAGUUUGUGCCAUUCACAAUUUAGGAUAAAACGCGUUCAGGCUGAUGAAUUGCUCUGUGUUUUCUCAGGGGGCAGUGAACGGGGGGGUUUCUUUUCGUAGUUCAGUGCAGAAACAUUCAUUUUAUACAGCAAGGUUAGGGGGAAAAAUCUCUCAGGAACAUAAUUAAAUAAAGACGGGGUGAGAACAAACACACUUGCCACACCUGUAUACCUUAGC